CUCAACAACACUCUCGAUUCAACUCCGUGUAGACGGAAGAGAUUAAGAGAGACAAGCAAGAGAUCAAAGUAAAGCUAGGCAAAGCAAAGCAAGCAUUGCUAGCUUUUCACCAUGAAGCUGAACUCUGCUAUCGCGGCUGCACUUUUGGCCACCGGCGUCCAUGCCGAUGAUGCCUCUAAGGCCGACAGCACCGAACCAUCCUCUUCCGUUGCCGUCGAGGUGCCUACCUUCACUCCCACCACCAUAAAAGCUCCUUUCCUAGAGCAAUUCACCGAUGACUGGGAGUCACGAUGGAAGCCUUCUCACGCCAAGAAGGAUACCAAGGGCCAGGAAGAGGAGUGGGCUUACGUUGGUGAGUGGGCGGUUGAAGAGCCUUACAAGUACAAGGGCAUUGAGGGCGACAAGGGUCUUGUCGUCAAGAAUCCCGCCGCCCAUCAUGCCAUCUCCGCCAAGUUCCCCAAGAAGAUCGAUCCUAAGGGCAAGACCUUGGUCGUCCAAUACGAAGUCAAGCUUCAGAAGGGACUUGAGUGUGGUGGUGCUUACCUAAAGCUCCUCCGAGACACCAAAGCUCUCCACCAGGAUGAGUUCAGCAACACCACGCCGUACGUCAUCAUGUUCGGCCCCGACAAGUGCGGCGCUACCAACAAGGUCCACUUCAUCUUCAAUCACAAGAACCCCAAGACGGGUGAAUAUGAGGAGAAGCAUCUGAUGGCUGCUCCUCAGGCCACCAUCUCCAAGACCAGCGAGCUCUACACCUUGAUUAUCCAACCCAACAACACCUUCACUGUCAAGAGGGGUGGUGAGUCUGUUCGCGAUGGUAGCUUUUUCGACCAAUUCAGCCCGGCUGUCAACCCUGAGAAGGAGAUUGACGACCCUGAUGACAAGAAGCCCGAAGACUGGGUUGACGAGUCCCGUAUCCCUGACCCCGAGGCUAAGAAGCCUGAGGAUUGGGACGAGGAUGCUCCUUUCGAGAUUGUUGACGAGGAGGCUACUAUGCCCGAGGACUGGCUUGAGGAGGAGCCUCUCACCGUUCCUGACCCUGAAGCCCAGAAACCUGAAGACUGGGACGACGAAGAGGAUGGUGACUGGAUCCCCCCUACUGUUCCUAACCCCAAGUGCGCCGACGCUUCUGGAUGUGGUCCUUGGACUAAGCCCAUGAAGAAGAACCCCGACUACAAGGGCAAGUGGACUGCGCCUUACAUUGACAACCCUGCUUACAAGGGUGUCUGGGCUCCUCGCAAGAUUGCAAACCCCAACUACUUCGAGGACAAGAACCCUGCCAACCUUGAACCCAUUGGUGCUAUCGGCUUUGAGCUCUGGACCAUGCAAAAUGAUAUCCUCUUCGACAACAUCUACAUCGGCCACUCCAUUGAGGAGGCCGAGAAGUUCGCCAACGAGACUUUCUUCAAGAAGCUUGCUAUCGAGAAGGCACUUGAAGAUGCUGAGAAGCCUAAGGCGGACGAUAAGCCUAAGUCUCCCUCAGACCUCAAGUUCUUGGAUGACCCUGUUCUUUACAUCAAGGAGAAGCUUGACCUGUUCAUGACUAUUGCCGCGAACGACCCUAUCCAGGCCAUGAAGUUCGUUCCUGAGGUUCCUUCCGCCGUCGGUGGCCUGCUCGUCCUAAUUAUUUCCCUCAUUGGUAUCUUCACUAUGGGAGGUAGUGCACCGGCGGCAGCCAAGAAGGCUGGCACCGAUGCCAAGGAGAAGGUUAAAGAGGCUAAGGACAAGACUGCCGAGGCUGUCUCAACUGGUGCCGAGAAUGUGAAGGCGGAGGUUAACAAGCGUGCUACAAGAAGCCAGUCGUAGGGAGCCGCUGGGGUAAUGAUAAGCGAGGAAGAGGUACGGGAAAAGUUCAGUGACCUAUUCCAGCCUUGUGGGGACUUCUAGGGGUUACGGUGCCAUCAAGGCAUCCUAUGCUUUUGGGACUUCGGAAUUAUUUUGCAUGGCGUCAGUGUACUUUACACCCAAAUAAAUCCAGUUAAAUAUCCUUUGUAUCAACCCGUGUCAAAAAUUAAAAAUUUUCUUCUAUUGAUAAUGGACUUGGAUCCUCCACCGAUAGUUUUGGUUGCGAAGACUAGGUACCUAUGUAG